UUUCUCCCUCUCUCUGUGCCUCUCCCUCUGACACUACAGUCCCCUCUCUCUCUCUCUCUCUCCCCAUCCAUGGCGUAAGCUUGAUUCCUGAUAGUGCAAGCAAAGCAAACACCCCACACUUCAUUUUUUUUUUUUUUUUAAAUCACAAUCCCCUAAAACUCUCUCUCUUUUGUCCUUUGAGAAUUCUCCUUUUUCUCUCUCUAUUUCGUUCCAACCUUUGUGCUCCCUCACUACUACUAUAAGCCUCUUGUUUAGUGUUCCCGAACCACAACCCUUCCACCAAAAUACCUUCAUUUCCUCUCUCUCUCUCUCUCUCUCUCACCCACACACACACACAUUUCCUGCGGCCCUUGGUGACCUUCUUUGUUUAUUGCCUCACCUCAGCCUCUAAGUUCUUCUUAUUGGCUUCAUCUUGCCUUGGAAUUCAGUGUUGGAGAAUUCAUUACGCAUCACCUGUAAGUCAUUGAUGGAAUACAAUGGUUUCCUUCUGGUAAUCUCCAAAGCAAUCUCUUCAUAUGCUCUGCGCCUAAAGAGUUUACCUCUGGUUUACCUUUGCAACCAGUUACCAUAGCUUGUUUCUAUCUCCAGAGUUUAAUAGAGAGAGAGAGGAAGGGGGCAAGGUGGGUUUGUUUUGUCUUAGUUUCUCCAACAUUCUGCAUUGUUGCAUAACCCCAGCCAUCACCUGGAAUUCCCCUGCUUCUGUUAUCAUGUUGUACUUUGAGAAAAUGAAAUGAGCAUUUGAGGAGCUUAGGCACUGUUCGAGUUAUUGUUGUUUUCUACAUGGGUGAAAAUGCUAAGCCCCCCACACCCACACAAGAGACUACUUAAGUUAGGUGGCUUUGGUUCUUAGGCUCAGGAUCUUGCUGCUCCCUCAAAAGAAAAGGUCAGGAACUGGUCCACAAUUAACAAAGAUUUCUUCUCAUUCCAAUUCCAGAGUGUCUUUCUUAUUCUUUCACUUAAUAGAGUUCUUGCAAGCAAAGGCCAGUGCUCUUUUUAUUCAGUAGCUAAUUUUCUUAUCCAUCUUCCUCCACUGCUGGGUCUCUAAGGUUGGGAAAGAGUUUGGAGAAGAAGCGGGGUACCUAGAUAAGGUUCUCUGGAGUCUCAGAGCUUCCAAUUUUUCAGUGUUUUUCUGCCAAAACAAAAGAAAAUGGGCAAGUGGGUUCAUUAUUAGUUCACUUAGAGUCCCAAGAAUCUCAGACCCAAGCCACAGCUGAUUAUUAUUAUUAUUAUUAUUAUUAUCUUUGUUAUUUGAGUGGUCUAAUUCUUUCCUGUCCUUAACCUUUUCCUUUUGGUGUCCAGGACAAAAAAAAAAAAAAAGAGAGUAGCAAAAGAUAAGAAUUAGCACACAGAUAGAGAGAAAGAAUGGAUCUUUCUGGCCAUGAAGGAGAAAUCCCAAUCCCAAUAACCAGCGCAUAUGUUGGUGGCCAUGGGCACACCAUCAUCCAUGACACCCCUCCCCUCCACCACCACCCUUCCAAUGGACCUCCCCCUCCCCCUCCCCUGCCCACAGCUACAUCAGAGGACCACCAGCACCACCCUACCAACCCCUACAGCUCUAAGAAAGGAGUGGUGCUGAAGUACAGGGAGUGCCUCAAGAACCAUGCAGCCUCCAUUGGUGGUAAUGCCACUGAUGGCUGUGGUGAGUUCAUGCCAAGCGGUGAGGAGGGCACCCUGGAGGCCUUGAAGUGUUCUGCCUGCAACUGCCACAGGAACUUCCACAGGAAAGAGGUAGAAGGGGAGUCCUCCUCCUGCGACUGCUUCCACCACCUUAAGGGAAGAAAGGUGCUUGGCCAGAAGGGGCUCUUGAUCUCAGGACCAGAGGCAUUUGGCUAUGCUCCUGCCGGCAACAGUCUCAUUCCAAGGGCAUCACCACACCAUAUGAUCAUGCCCCUGGGAGCCCUGCAGACCUCUGAAUCUGAUGAUAUGGAAGGGUUCGGUGGUGGGGCCAUGGUGAGGCCUCCCAUGGUGAAGAAGAGGUUCAGGACCAAGUUCACACCAGAGCAGAAGGAGAAGAUGCUGAGCUUUGCUGAGAAGGUCGGGUGGAGGCUCCAGAAGCAGGAGGAGAGUGUGGUGCAGCAGUUCUGCCAAGAGAUUGGGGUGAAGAGGAGGGUCCUCAAGGUGUGGAUGCACAACAACAAGCAUAACUUGGCUAAGAAGAGCCCCCCUCUCCAGCUUGAAUGACUGCUGGUUCCACUCCCUCUCUUAGUUCCUCUCGGUCUUAAUCUGAUGGUUUUCUAUGGCCAAUGCUGAUUCUAGAGGUGGAUUUAGAUAGUAGCAUGUUUUGACUGUCGUUUCUUUCUUACUCUUUGGAAUUUCAUCUCUCUUGUUAGUUCUCGAUUGUUAAGGUGAUGUAGCUUAGGCAGUUUGGUAGACAUCAACCAUGCUCUCUCUCUCUCUCUUUUCUUCUUCUAAUGGCUAAAAACCUUAAGACUUUGAUCAUUUGGAUGUGAACUGCGCAUAAUGCUUUCAUGGAUUUUCCACAGCAGAUGAGGAAGAAACCCCUUGAUGAACUGCUUCUUGUUUUAGUCAUAUUAUUUUCUUUUUAAGUAACGUUCCUCUUAAUCCAUUAAAAGAUAAACUGCAAUUUCAUGACGA